ACUACCAGCACCACCACUGCCAGCACCUCCACCAGCUCUACCAACACCACCAGCUCCAGCACCACCACGAGCACCACCACGAGCACCACCACCAGCACCACCACCACCAGCAGCAGCACCACCAGCAGGAGCACCACCAGCACCAGCAGAACCACCAGCACCACUAGAACCAGCAGCCCCAGCACCACCACCAGCACUACAUUCACCAGCACCACCAACACCACCAGCACCACCACUAGCACCAGCACCAAAAUCAACACCAUUGCCAGCAUCUCCGCCAGCACCACCAGCAACACUACCAGCACCACCACCAGCAGCGCCAGCAGCAGCACCACUAGCAGGACCACAUCCAACACCAGCACAACCAACAACACCACCACCGCCAGCCCCACCACCAGCACCAGCACCACCACCACCACCAGCAACACCACCACCAGCACCACUAGCAGCAGCAGCACCACCAGCACCAGCGCAUCACCAGCACCACCAGCAACCACCACCAGCACCACCAGCACCACCACAAGCACCACCAGCAGCUGCACCACCACCACCACCACCAGCACGACCACCAACACCACCACCAACACCAGCAACACCACCAGCACCAUCAGCACCACCACCAUUAGCACCAGCAGCCCCAGCACCACCAGCACUACA